AUGGCUCCUUCAAGAAAGGUGAAGAAGCAGAAGGAGGUGAAACAGAAGAAGGAGAAGAAGAGCAAGAAAGGGCCACCUCCCCCUGAUCAACAAAGAUGGAUUUACGCUGGUGUCUACAAGGGCCCAAGUGGAGCAACUGAUCAGAUUUGGUAUGCCUUCGCAAAAAGUCCCUAUUCCCGUGAUCGAUACAAGAUCGUCUUCAGUGGAGCUAAACACGGUACCAAACUUGGAAAUCGCGGUGUCGGCUUGGGAAAAAGAUAUUUGAUCACAUGGGCGCCACAUCUUCUUAAGGGGUGGAAGCAUUUCUUGACUGGAAAUGGCCAAUGGAAGGAUGGACGAGCAACAGCAGGUCGAGUGGUGCAGAGAAAGCAUCUGCUGAAGCUUUUUCAAAGUUCUACAUUUGUAGAUCCACAUCCAGAUGGCUGCCCAGGUAUGUAUAUUGGGCCAAGUGUGAAUCUAAUUCAUCCUCCCCGUUAUAGAGAGGAUCUGGACGUAAUUCGGCAGCGGAAAAUCGACGCCAAACUUUGUUAUCCCAACACACGAAUUCCUCUCACCAUUGCACACAUCAAAGUUGACCUGUAUCUCCAAAUCUCCAAAUCACCACUCACAGUCGCCAUGGAUUUUCUUCAAGGCAAGAUGGCACUUACAAACCAGUACAGUCCGCCCGGUUAUCACAUUAUACAGGCCGAUCGAGUAGAAUCCGCUUUCUUCCACCUAGGAUGGCGUGUCGACUGGCGAGCCGUCUACAAAGCCAACAAACACGUCAGAGAAAAGUUUGUGAAACUAGCAGUAAACUCACGCUCAUGGAUCCAUCAACCCCCACUUCAAAUCGACGACCAACAACCUCACAGCAACGCCCUCGCCAUUGUGAUGCAAAAAUUGCGCAACGAGAACAUUGAAUAUCACAGCUAUGACUCCUCUGGCAGUAGUGACGAUGAAGAUGAAUCUUCUGGAUCUGAUAGCGAUGAUGAUUUGGAUGACUCGUCUGAUUCAGAUGGGUCUGGAGGUGGUGGACCAAAAGGUGGAGGACCACGAAACGGCGGAAAUUCUAGACCCAAAAGACCUAAACCCACUCCCCCCUCCUCCUCAGACAGCGAAGACGACCUCGACGACCGCCCCUACAACCUCCCCGACUCCGCUUCCUCAUCUAGCUUCGGCACACUAAGAAAACAGCUCACCGCAUACAACAAAGCACAUGCAACACCUAGAAACGACCCCUCUUCCUCCGAAGAUGACGAUGAACAAGACCUUUUCGUCAAACCCGACAUGACAUCCUUCAAAAAAACAUAUCUAAACUCCUUAUCCAGCAAUUCGCCUGCAGAGUCUGCGAGAUCUGCAUCCCCCACCACCACCAGCGCGCAAAAAUCCGCCAUAUCUUCCCUCCUCGCGCCAAAACCCGAGCCCGAACCAUCACUCAUAAAAGUGGAAGACCGACAGAUGAUUGAGAUCUUGGAUUCAGAUGAGGAGGAUAAUGCUGGAAGGGGAUGGCGCGUCCGUCUGCCGAUACGUAUGGAUGGACGUGGUGGGAGGGAGGAUCCUUGGAUUGUUGAUUGA